GAAGGCCAGCGCCGGGGGCAUGGAAGGCCACCACAGGAGCCCCCACCAGAAGGCGGAAAAUAAACAUGAGGAGAAGGUCCAGGAUCACAACAGAGGGGAGGACAAGACCAAGGCAGAGAUGGGAAGCAAAACCUGGGCAGACCUGUCUGGGGAGAUGAAGAUGUUCCUGUGGAACCCAGAGGAGAGAACGUGCCUGGGGAGAACGGCCAAGAGCUGGGGCUUGAUCUUACUGUUUUACUUCAUUUUCUACAUGUGCCUGGCGGGAAUGUUUGCCUUCUGCAUGUACGUGAUGCUGCUGACACUGAGCCCCUACACACCCAGGUACCGGGACCGCGUGUCCCCACCAGGAGUAAUGAUCAGACCAUACUUGAACGGCUUCACCAUUGCCUUCAACGUGUCUCAGCGCAGCACGUGGCAGCCCUACGUGGACAGCAUGAACCACUUCCUAGCAGCUUAUGAUGACAAAGUUCAAGAGGAGAAGAACAUCGAGUGCAUCUCAGGACAGUACUUCAUCCAAGGGGGCAAUGAAAGCGAGGAGAAGAAGGCCUGCCAGUUCAAGCGCUCACUGCUGCAGAACUGCUCUGGCAUUGAGGACCCAACAUUCGGCUUCUCUAAGGGCCAGCCCUGCAUCCUGCUGAAGAUGAACCGGAUCAUAGGCUACCGCCCUGGUGCUGGGGUCCCUGUGAGUGUAGACUGCAAAGUGCAGAAAGGCAAUGAGAGCGAUCUCAGAGCUGUGGACUUCUACCCUGGAAACGGGACAUUUGAUCUCAUGUAUUAUCCGUACUAUGGCAAGCACACUCAUGUCAACUACACGUCCCCACUGGUGGCUAUGCACUUUACAGAUGUGAAGAGGAAUCAUUUGGUUCCCAUUCAGUGCAGUCUGAAUGGGAAGGGUAUUAUCAACGACGUGAACAGCGACCGCUUCCUGGGCCGCAUCAUCUUCACGCUCAGCAUUGGGAAGUAGCCGCCACAAACACCAAGCACUUAGCUUCAGUCAGUCAGAGGCUUUUUCCUUUUUCAAGCAUAAAGCCAGCAUUAUUUUUUUCUGCUAGGGAAAACAGGCCCAUGGAGAUUUUCCUUAAUUUAUUUUUGUUCCUAGGUAGGGAACAGAUGAGAGGUGAUGGAGCGUGGAACCGCCGUUUUCAUCAUCUGAUGUAAAUCGUUACGAAUGACUAAUAAAAAUUAAAGCUAUUCCUGGACAGACAACCUGCAAAAGCAUUUCAGUCCUGAUACCCCUCUGGUGCCUGAACACUGUUUUUAUAAGAUCUUUUACCAGUGACUCCUGUGGAAUGGGUGUUUCCCGGCUUUACAUUUUAACGUUUACCAUAGCUUUGUGUGCAUUUCUCAGGCAAAAGCUAACAAGAGGGUAGUUUAUUAGCACUAUUCUUGUUACAGUAAGAAUCAACAAACAUUCUGGCUUAGGCCUGCAGUGACAUGGUUUCAAAAAAUGUCAGAUCCCAAAAUGCUUCCCAGGAGCUUCAGCACCAGGAGCAUCUUGACUGCGGCAUUUUAACAGAGCUUGUUUAGCGUGUCCAAGGUGUUGGAGCAAAGGACAUGUAGAAAAUCAUUUGCCCUUGAACCUUCACAACUGUUCCUUUAUAAAGUGGGAAAAUCAAUGCAUUUCUCCCUCCUCCUCACUCCAGUACUUCUCUUUGUCCCAGGAACCCUCAAGUCUAUUAGUCAGGAACAAGUGAAAGGAGCAUUUCUCUCCCUGUCACGGCUCACAGGUUGAUGGCUCCUCCUUCCCCUAUUCAGGUGCAGGAGUGCCAGUGAAACAUGAUAGACCUCCCAAAUAUUUCAGGCCUGUUCUACCCUGUUCCAGAGAGGUCACAGCUCUAAUCCUGCGCAAAACCACAGGGAAAUGCUUAGUUGUUUCAUCAUUAAGGGGUCAAUGCUGGUAUCAGGGACACCAUCAUUUUAUCCUCCUCAAAGAGCCACGAAGCACACUCAUCCUUGUCAGAGCAGAGACCAACAGAGCAGGCACUGCUACUGCCCUCCCCAGCCCAUCAGCACACAGACUAGGUGUGCUGAUAGCCACAGUCUGCAUGGUAGGAGCUCUGAGAACACAGCAGGACAGGACACCUUAGGAUAAUGUACUAGUUGGAAAGCACACUUACUAAAAUUACUGACUACUGAACAAGACCAUCAUGGUGUGUUUGUCCUACAUCCUAAUCCAGGUACUUCAUCUGACAUCAU